AGGGAAGGGGGUCGCGCGCUUCGAGUGGCCCAGUGUGGCCUGUUCCUCAGGCCUCACCGACCUCCACUUCCGGUCUGAUUUCCCAGACGCCUCUGCUUCCCCCUCAGGCCUCCCAUUUUCAGGGCAAGUUUGGUCCUUUCCAGGCGUCUUUCCCCUCCUCAUCCCACAUCCUCCCUUUGCCUCGACGCCAAGAAGGAGCUUUUCCUCAUUAUCCUUUUUGCCUCCCUGGCAAGAAGAAGGCCUUUAAGAGGGCCUUCCUCUUUCCACCCCCAAGGGAGGGGGAGAAGUCAUUGGUUGUCAUGGUGAAGCUCUCAGCCAAGUGCAUCCUGGCAGGUGAUGCAACGGUGGGGAAGAGUGCCCUGGCUCAGCUGUUUGAAACAGAUGGAGCUCAUUUCCAGAAGAAUUACACAAUGACCACAGGAGUGGAGUUGAUCCUGAAGUCUGUGGCAAUACCAGACACCGGUGACAGUGUGGAACUCUUCAUUUUUGAUUCUGCUGGCAAGGAGCUCUUUACCGACAUGCUGGAAAAAUUGUGGAUUCAACCCAGCGUCUUAUGUCUUGUCUAUGAUGUGACCAAAGAGCAGUCCUUCAUCAACUGUGCCCUCUGGCUGGAGAGAGUGCGGGCAAAGGCUCAAGGCAUGCAAAUUCCAGGAAUAUUGGUAGGGAAUAAAACAGACCUGAUCGGCCGACGGGUGGUGGAGAGGACGCGAGCCCAAGAAUGGGCGACCAGCCAAGGCCUGGAGUAUUGUGAGACGUCAGUGGGAUGAGAUACUUGACUUCUAACCCGUACGCCGCCUGCCUGUCUCCCGUUAGCCUCGCUCGUGUUGUGAGUAACCCAAAGUACGUGACAGUCACGGCUGCUCCUUUGAAACUCGGCAGAGGCGAAAGUAAAUCCGUGAUUUCUCCUGUUGGAUCAAUGAUUUUCUUCAUCCGGGACUCUUCCUUACGAGAAAGCUCAGAUGAAGACUCCGGCAGAUAUCGAUGCCCCGAGCUUCUUUCUUUUUUAUGGUGUUGGUUAAGCCCUUACUCUAUGCCGGGUGCCAUACUA